AUGAUCCGCAAGAAGGUCUCUGGGUCGGAUGCCCAGGACACCGGCCUGCUCAUCGGCCUGGGGAAAAGCCCGUCGGGCCUCUACGAGGAUUCCAGUAUUCUCCCCAACGGAGGCGCUGGAAGGGACACCUUCGUAAGUACACAGGGAAGGCAGGGCAAGCAAUCCCAGUAGGGGGUUCUUUCCAGAACCAGGGGGUGCUGGGAUCAACGCCUUUCGUGCCUCCCGCACGGGGAGGUUUUUCCUUGGGCCCCUGAGGGUGUUUGGAGCCUAGUUGCGAUUGCUGAGUGGCAAGGGGGAGGCACUCUGUGUGUGCUCAGGGACUACACUCCCCCGCCAGCUUUAUUUAGAACCAAGUCCUGGGAGUGUCUCAAGAAAGAAAGAAAAGAAGGAAAGGGCUUCAGAUCUGCAGGUGUAAAACCCCCGUACCCCUAACAGCAUCACUUUGUGGGGUCUCUCCUUCAAAUCCAGCCCUGGGAGGAGGGAGGAGGCACAAUUCUGCUGGCAGACCUUAACCCACAAAGAAAAGCAACAGAACUUUUGUCCCCUUUUAAAAAUGCAAUUGUGGGGUUCAGCUGCCCACUGCUACUGUACACAAACAGUGUGGGGGUGGAGCCAGUGGGCAAAGCCUUUCUGUGCCCCUUGGGUCUUUUUACUGCAAACUGUGAGCCCCCCAAAGUUGCAUGAAGGCUGAGCUGCUAAUUGAGAACUGGCAGGUGGGAGGACCCCAAUUCUGGGCCAGGCCAGGCCAGUUAAUCCCAGAUUUAAAAAACCAAAACAAUAAGAGCAGGUCCUAUUAACGGGAAGGAGGGGGGGCUUUUGGUGGUCCCCCAUCUAGGACAGGCUGGCCCACUUUGCAAGGCUGCAGCCUCAGGCCCCCACCAGGCUCUACAGGGGCUUCCACCUUCCAUCCCAGAUGCAGAAUAGUCCCCCAAAUGUGGCCCCAUCCUGAUUUUGUUUUCAGGAUGUGGACGACGACGACGACCCCAUCUACAUUUAUGGCGAUGAAACUUAUGGCUACCCCCGCAGUGCCAGCGGGAAUUACUUCCGAGAUGGGAAGACGAAGAUAGGCAAGUAUAACCCCUUCUUCCUCGCCCCAGUGUUUUGCCCAAGUUGCAGUUUUGCAACCGCAGAGCAAAGGGGACUUCGGCUUCUGCGAACUCCGAGCAGCAGGCAGCGCGAAAAUGAACCCACGUUGCUCUGGCCACAUGCCUUGUGGGGGGUGGGCUGCACUUCGGUUGUGGAACAGGGCACCCCCAGGGCGCCCGCAAUUCCCUUGCCAUCUCCUUCUCUGCCUGCAGAUUUUGUCCUGGUCUGGGAGGAGAAGCUGCGUCCCUCGAAGAAGAGGCGCAACAAACACCCCCACCCGGAAGGCGAGAGGGCAGCUGGCCAGGGGGCCGGGUGGGAGGCGGCCCGCGGGCGUCACGAGAGGUGGAGGCAGAAGUACCUCAAGAACCUACGCACCACCGGCCUCUUGAUGGAGAAGGUGAGGGGGCUUCGGGCAAAGUUGUACCAAGGCUCCCUUGUGCCCUUGGCAAGCAGCGGCACUGGCACCUCUGAAGCCAGGAUAGGCCAUGAAGCAGAAACUCAAAAAGUUCGCUUUCUGUCUGCCAGACUUCCUGCCUUCUUUUCCCCUGCUGGGUGCUCCACUCAUUUAAUUUAAUUUAAUUUCACUUUGCCAUAUUACCAUACACAAUGCAGUUCACAGCAACAAAAUAUACAACAAAGAACCCACACCUUAGAGAAGGCAUAGGGAAACUCGGCCCUCCAGAUGUUUUGGGACUACAAUUCCCAUCACCCCUAGCUAACAGGACCAGUGGUCAGGGAUGAUGGGAAUUCUAGUCCCAAAACAUCUGGAGGGCCGAGUUUGCCUAUGCCUGCCUUAGGAUAAUGUGAUCAAAUACAGAAAGUCAUAAUAAAAUACAACUUUAAAAUGGGACGGCUUAUACUGGAUUUAUAUCCAAUAAAGUACAGUCAUACCUCAUGUUACUUCCGCUUCAUGUUACGUUCUUUCAGGUUACGUCCCGCGGCGACCUGGAAGGGUUACUUCCGGGUUUCGCCACUCGCGCAUGCGCAGAAAUGCAAAAUGACGUCACACACAUGCGCAGACGUGGUGAAUCGCAACCCGCGCAUGUGCAGACGCGCCGCUGCGGGUUGCAUUCUUUUCAUGUUGCGAACGGGUCUCCGGAACGGAUCCUGUUCGCAACCAGAGGUACCACUGUACAGUCAAACCUUGGUUGUCCAACAUAAUCCGUUCCGGAAGUCCAUUCAGCUUCUGAAAAGUUCAGCAACUGAGGCGCGGCUUCCGAUUGGUUGCAAGAGCUUCCUGCGCACAAGCGGAAGCUGCCAUGGCCGUUUAGCUUCUGAAAAACGUUCAAAAAUGGAGCCGCUCAGGAGCCGAGGUUUGACUGUAGUAUCCAAUAAUCUUUGGGAACAUAAUAGUACACAACUAACUCUCAAAACAUCGGCAAAUAAUAAUUAAACAGAAAUUCACUCUUAGCAUAUACAAUAAAUUAUUACUAAACUGUGCUCCUUAAAAACAAAAAGAUAGAUGCAAGUCACAAGGCAUAAAAAACCACAAUAUGUACAAAACCAUGUAAAAGGAUCAAGUGGAGAAACAAAGACGUAUGAUGAUUUAUUUUUAAGAAAUCCCAAACUCCUCCACUCAUGCUUCCCAGCCUCCCCAACUGGGGAGGGGGCCUGGGCUUCAGGUUCGUGUUUUCUUGGGGGCCACAGUCUUUGUGUUGCACUCCAUGUAGAAGAGAGCUUGGCUGAGGCUUCCAGGAAGCCCCCACCCUCUUCUCAGCAACCUGUCUCCUUCUCAGGAGGAGACUCUGAGCGACCGCAAGGGAAUUCACUACAUGAAGCUGAGCGCGCCCUGGGAAGUGCUGGUUUACUACGCGGAGGAGCUGUGCAUGCGGGCCCCUCUCCAGGUGAGUGCCGGCGCAUGCAGGUGGGGUGGGGGACCCAUCCUUGCGGGCUGCCUCCUUGCCAGCGGUCUACCUCCUAGCCCCUCCGUCUCCUCUCGUGCCCCCAUCACAGGCCCACCCCAACCCGGACCGCAACAGCUCUGACGACCUGCUUCAGAAACUGCACCUGCCGAACAUCAUGGCCCAGCAGGUGCCCAAGAAGCCCGUCGACUACUACACCUGUGCCUUCCGAAAGUCCAAGCUGGACAAGUGAGUGAGGGCAGGUGUGGGGAACCACCAAAGGGGGGGGGACCUCCAAGGGGUGAACCCCAGGCGGCCCUCAGGCCUUACUGUGUGGCCCAUAGCUGUCAACGUACAGAUUUGAAGAUAAGGGACCAGCAGCCUCAAAAAUAAGGGAUCAGCAGCCAAAAUAAGAGAUUUUGCGGACACAAAUAUGUUCAACUUAUGAGCCCCUCUGAGCCAAAGGCAGAAAACCCAGCCAGCAGCCAAACAAAGCCUCAAGCGGUGGUUCCCACAGCGCAGCAACCCGGCAAAGGGGAUGCAGCAAGAAAAACCACUGUCACCUCUCCGCUGGGAAGCGCUGAGCAAAGGCAAGUCCCCAGGCAAAGCGGCCGAUUUGAUUGGCACAAGGCAUGCAAGCUCCACCCCCCAAUCGUUCUUAGACUCCUUAUUGGGUGAGCAACGCAGCCAAGCAACACAGUUGGAGCCUCCCUCCUCCCUGGCCGGCAGGGAAGGAGGGAGAGGAGCAGCUUCCUUUGAAACCCGGGAAAUUUAAGGGACAUCAUCAAUAAGGGACAGCAGCGCGACAUGGCGCUGGGAUAAGGGACUUUCCUGCCAAAUAAGGGACAGUUGACAGCUAUGGUGUGGCCCCCAGGACACUUCUCAGACCACACCCACCUUCUCGGUCCCCAAAGGAAGCCUUUCAGCAGUUGUGCCGUGUUUGGGCCUGGCUGGGAAGUUUCUGAGGAUGCUUGCAAGGUCUUUUGUCCAACUGGAGAAGGGCUGCGGUGCUGGGGGGGGGGGGGAGGGAAGACCUGUGGCUUUUGUGUGGCUGGAAGAUACCAAGAGAAGAGUCACUUCCAGUGCCCCACCCAAUUUUUGCCUCUGGCCCUGCCCACCAUUGCCACACAGCCCUCAAGGACCACCUCUUUCCAUAUGAACCUACCCAGACCCUGCAGUCAUCAUCCGAGGCCCUUCUUCGUCUGUAGUGUACCAGCAUGAGAACGGGGCCUUUUUGGCGGUGGCUCCCCAUUUGUGGAAUGCUCUCCCCAGGGAGGCUCCCCUGGCGCCUUCAUUAUACACCUUUAGGAGCCAGGCGAAAUCAUUCCUCUUUAACCAGGUCUUUGGCUGACUGACAUCCAUGCCCUUUUAAAGCGUGGGUGGGUGGGUGCAUUUCUUGUUUUCAUUGUGCAUUUUGUGCUUUUAUAUUGUGAUUUUACAUUGUAACUGCCCUGAGACUUGCGGGUAUAGGGCAGUAUACAAAUAUAAUAAUAAUAAUAAUAAUAAUAAUAAUAAUAAUAAUAGCAGCCUAGUGGGGGGUCUGACAGGCCAGAUAGAGAAGCCUGAGGGUCGUAGUUGUGCCUACAAUUACCCUGAUCCGUUCCCAAAACUGCUUUGGCCAGAAGCGACACAAAAGCUGCCCAGGUUGAGGCCUUGGGGAAGAUGCCCAGUGCUUCCACCCCAGCCUGUAUCCAGCUCUCCUUCUCUCCCUCUCUUUCUCUCCCCUCACCUGUUUCAGGUUCCUGGGCAGCGAGCAGCACGAUUCGUACUUCACCAACACGCAGAGGCAUCGCAUUGUGAGCCCUUGGGGUGGGGAAUGGGGCAUGCCUGGUGGGUUUGGGGCAGCCUGGCAGCAAGGAGGAGGAGGAGGAGAGGGAGGAGACAACUUUGACCACCUCUCUUGUCAAUGCCCUUUCCUUUUCCUCCCACCUGGCUGAAUCCCCCCUGAGCGCCACCCCUCUCUCUCCCAGGUGUAUGAGAUCUUAGCCCGGACCAUCUAUGGGAAGAGGAAGCAUGCAGAGAUGGGCAUCGACCGGCUGCUGAACGAAGGGGUCUACUCCGCAGCCUUCCCACUGCAUGAGGUGAGAGAGACGCUGGGGGGGGGGGUUGGGAUAAUAAUAAUAAUAAUAAUAAUAAUUUAUUUAUAUCCCGCCCUCCCCAGCCGGAGCUGGCCUCAGAGCGGCUAACAACAGUAAAAUAAUACAUCAUUCUAAAAUCAGUUUAAAUCAAAUUAAUGGCAACCAUUGGGCUAGAGUUCUGUGAGGAUCCAGUUUAGGGAUCCCCUAAUGCAUGAAAGGGGGCUGAGACUCCCUGCUCCUUGACUCCAGGUCUAUGCGGGUGCUGGUUGCAGUUCCUUAGCGCUGGGUUGGGUGUGGUUUGGCAGAGGAACAGCUGCUCAGCACGCAGAAGGUCCCAAGUUCACCCCCUGGUGUCUCCAGCAAGGAAUGGGAGAGACCCCAUCUCUGGGACCCUGCAGAGCUGCUGCGGCUGCCGGUCAGUGUGGGCAGCACUACGCUGUAUGGAUGCACUGAUCUGCUCUUGGUGUAUGUUCCCAGGGGGGAGGGCACUUUGUUUUUUGUUUUUUAAAUAAUUUUUAUUAAAUUUCAUAUUACCAAAUUAAACGCAUCAAACCAAUUAAUCCAAAUUAUAACAAUACAUAUCAUGUAAUCCAAUUGUUAUCCAAAUUAUAAAUUAUUUUUGUGGGGGGUACCCAUUCUUCUCGAUCGGCAGGAGUCCAAUCCUCAACUGUUUUCUGCUGCUUUCAUAUUAAGAAUGAUAUUUCCAGUCCCCGCUUCUCAAUCCUUGUUGUUACACAUUUUCCUUCACCUCCAAAUUGCUCCGCAAGUGGGUUGAAAAAAACAGUCUUAUUUGUAGUUCUUUGUGGACUUUGUACUGCUCUCUCGUAAAUCCCAAGAGACCAGGCAUUUCCGCUUGAGCAAGCAAUCGCCAUCUUGUCAUUCCGAUGAAAUACAGUCUCAAAGCUCGCUCUUUAGCUUUCCCGACCUGUUGCAUCGUAAAUUAGUCUUUUUCCAGGAGGGCUGCCCCUUCCAGUUCGCAAUCUCAUUGAAAGUAAUAAAUCUUCGGCUCGCCCUCCCUCAAGACCAAACCUCCUGCAACACAGGUCUCGUAUCCAAUCUCCAUUCUAACUGCGUCACAAAGAGAGCCCUUCUUCAUCCAAAUCCUUUACAGAGUAAAACCUUUAAAAUUACUAUAAUUCCCACACAGUUCAUUUUUAGUCCCAUUUGCCAAUUAGUUGAUGUGACGGAUCUUCUAGAGGGGGGGUUAUUAGUUAAUCACAUAGAGCAAAAAGAGAGAGAAAAAGUCAUCCCCCCCUUUCAGUUCCGGGGGGAGGGGCACUUUGCAUGUGCCCCAAGGCACCUUUUUCCUCUGCUUAUGGUCAUGGCUGUUUCACUUGUGCUGUUUCACCUGGGCAGAGCUCAUCCAAGGUGGAAGUAUCGUUAGAAUAAAAUUAAAAACUCAAAACGAAGAAGCAGCCAGUCUGCAAUGUGGUUCCCCAGUCACCUUAGCCCUCCCAGGCCCGGGGCAAGGAUACCUGGCCACUGCAUGGACUCAGUGGCGUAGCGUGGGGGGUGCAGGGGGGGCCGGCCGCACCGGGCGCAACAUCUGGGGGGGCGCGCUCGCACUCGCAGCUCUCUGCCCCUACCUGGCUCACUCACUCUCUCUCACUGCAGUGCUGGCUGUGCGAAUCCGAUCCGAGCCGCUGGGUCGCCGCCCACUGUGGAGGGGGUGGGUGCCAGGCGUGCGGUGCGGAGAGAGAGCAAGGGACUAUCUGGGGGAGGGACAGUGCAGCGGCCGCCCAGCGCAGCGCUGAGCGCGGGAGAGAACCACACCAGACCAGACCAGGCAGCAGGAAGAAGAAGCUGGCAGCGGCGGCAGGUUAGGCGGCGCAAAUUACUUGCCUUGCCCCGGGUUAGGGGGCGCAAAUUACUUGCCUUGCCCCAGGUUAGGGGGCGCAAAUUACUUGCCUUGCCCCGGAUGCUGACAACCCACGCUACGCCACUGCAUGGACUUCCUUGCCUCUCACACAAAUGAUAAAUCCCGACGUGGAAAAUAUUGUAUGUAGAUUAUGUCUGAUUAAAAAAUCAAGUUAUAUCUAACAUAAAAGGCAAGCAGUGAGUGCAAAGAACAGCGCAUAAUAUUUCGCAGGAUGUUACUGGUUGUUAGGCUGUGUUCUUCUUUUUCUUGGUAACUGUCUUUUCAUCUUUCCAUUUUCCCAACUGAAAUUAAAAUCCUGCUAUUUUUCGUGAGGCUGUACACCUUGGCCUCUACACCUCUGUCCCUUGGGAGUCUGGGAGCCUCCCCAAGGAUGUCUGUGCUACCUUCUGACAUCAUUUCCUGUGGGUGAUGAUGUGACUUCCUGUGGGUGAUGAUGUCACACGUCCACUUAACCUCUUCCCUUCUGUUUUUUUUUAAAAAUAAUAUUUAUUAAAGUUUCAGAUAAAAAGAGAUACAUCGAUAAAAAAGAAUUUAACAAUAAAAAGAAAAAUACACAAUACAAGAUACAAAAAUAAAAAGAAAAAACAGUUAAAAACAAUUCCAUCUUUUCAUCACUACUUUUGAAUUUACUUAUUUUCUGGACCUCCUCAUACCUCCCUCUUUUGUAUUCCAAUUCAAUUUAUUUGUCCAGCAAUUCCUUUCCCUCUUUUUUAAUCCCAGUCCUUAAUCUUAAUAUAAUAUAACAUUAAAUUUUUAUCUAUUAAUAGCCAAUUUUCCAUUCUUUUAACCUUUUUAUUCCUAAUCCUUAAUCUUAAUCUAUAUAUAACUUUAAAACCUGUGCAGCUAGAAGCCAUUUAAUUUCAAUCCAACAUCACUCUAACAUUCAUUAAUUUUGCAAUAUUUCUGUAAAUAAUCUUUGAAUUUCUUCCAAUCUUCUUCCACCAACUCUUCUCCCUGGUCACGGAUUCUGCCAGUCAUUUCCACCAGUUCCAUAUAGUCCAUCAGUUUCAUCUGCCAUUCCUCCAGUGUGGGAAGCUCUUGUGUCUUCCAAUACUUUGCAAUGAGUAUUCUUGCUGCAGUUGUUGCGUACAUAAAGAAAGUUCCAUCCUUUUUUAACACCGUUUGGCCGACUAUGCCCAGGAGAAAGGCCUCUGGUUUCUUGGGAAAGGUAUAUUUGAAUACCUUUUUUAAUUCAUUAUAUAUCAUUUCCCAGAAAGCCUUAAUCUUUGGGCACGUCCACCAAAGGUGAAAAAAUGUACCUUCAGUUUCUUUACAUUUCCAACAUUUAUUAUCGGGCAAAUGAUAGAUUUUUGCAAGCAAAUGAUAGAUUUUUGCAACCUCUUCCCUUCUGGCUCCUCCUCCCACAGGGCCCCUUCGAGCUGCCUGAGUACGAGGUCCUGGGCGAAGAACUGAACCCCCGGCAGAUCCUGUACCGCUUCUGGGCCCAGUGGCGCUGCUGGUACAAAUACCAGCCUUUGGACCACAUCCGGGAAUACUUUGGGGAGAAGGUGGCCAUUUAUUUCGCCUGGCUGGGUGAGGCGCCCUCUUUUGUCUCCUCCUUGGCUGUGGCAAGACGCUGCUCAGAAGUCCGGAAAAGGGAAGCAAGGAAGGUGCAGAGGCAGGCGGGGGCCAAAACCACUCUGCGGUUGCUCAGAGGCCAUGUGCACACCAAGCCUUUGAAGCACACCCCCAAAGAAUCCUUGGAAUUGUAGUUUGUUCAGGCUGCUGGGAAAUAAACUACGGUUCCCAGGAACCUUGAGGGGUGGGGUAGCUGUAUGCUUCGAAGUGUGUCAGUGUGAGCUGCCAGAGGUCUCCCUCUUCUUUACAUUCCCGUAUACCGUAUUUUUCGCUCUAUAAGACACACUUUUCCCCUCCUAAAAAGUAAGGGGAAAUGUGUGUGCGUCUUAUGGAGUGAAUGCAGGCUGCGCAGCUAUCCCUGAAGCCAGGAGAGCGAGAGGGAUUGGUGCGCACCGAUCCCUCUCGCUCUCCUGGCUUCAGGGAUAGCCACACAAAGCCUCCGGAGCGCAGCAGGAGGAACACUCCCACUGCCCUGAAGAGGCUUGGCACAGCUAUCCCAGAAGCCAGAACAGCAAGGGGGAUCGCUUAUUUCGCUGCGCAGCGAUCCCUCUUGCUGUUCUGACUGCUUCGCUGGAGAGGCACUGCGCAGAGAGGGAAAGCUGCGCAGCGCCCCUUCAGCAAAGUGGGAGGAGAAAUGGAGCCCCUUCCGUUUCUCCUCCCGCUUUGCUGGAGAGGCGAUGCGCAGAGAGGGAGAGAAUAUUUUCUUGUUCUCCUCCUCUAAAACUAGGUGCGUCUUAUGGUCGGGUGCGUCUUAUAGAGCGAAAAAUACGGUGGCUUAUUUCACUUCUGUUAUUGUGUGUGCUCCCGUUUGAGCCUUGCACUCUCUACAUGCUCAGAGAUAACUUUUGAAGCGGCUUUGGGUCUCACACGGUGCUGAGUUCAGCCCCUGCACUGCAUCUGGGUCCUGAGCAGGGAGACUGGGAUGGGGUGGGGAAAUCUGGGCUUGAGGAAGGCAGCCCAUAAGCUCCGGCCUGGAAGGGGCUCAGGGUGGGGGGCGGCAGGGCAAUGUUGGGUGCCCUCUGCUCACGGUCUCCGCCUCACCUGUCUCCCCUGCAGGCUUCUACACGGCUUGGCUCCUCCCAGCGGCCGCUGUCGGCACUUUGGUCUUCCUUGCCGGCCUCUUCACCAUGGGGACAAACACACCAGCGUGAGUGGGGCAGGGGUUGUGGGGAGGAGGAGGGCAGUCAGCUUGUGGGAGAGCCUGCAUGUCUCAGGGCAUGACCCCCGCCCCCCAAGCAUCCCUUUCCAAACCCUCAUCCUGCAUCUUGGGCCCCAUGGGGUGGGAAGCUCCAUCUCUUUUAUGGCUGUGCAUCAGGCAGAAGUUCAACUGGUGAAGCAUUUCCUAGGCUGCAUCUGCAUGGGCAGGAGGGGACAGGCCGCACAUUGGGCCUUCAGUGCUGCCUUGGUGGGUGGGUGUCCCAGAAGCUUGGCUGUCAACUUACAGAUUUGAAAAUAAGGGACCAGCAGCCAAAAUAAGGGAUUUUAGUCAACCAGUUAAAAGGGACCAGAUAAUUUGGGAGAGAAGCGCCGGUUUUUAGCCCUUCGUUUCCAGAGGUUGCUGCUCAAGACACCAGCCGAUGAAACACUGCAAUUAAAUAACUACAAGCAGCAACCACUUUUCGCGCAAAACGAAGUCCAAGCUAUGAAGAUGCUGCUGCAGUUCUGUAUCUUUUCUCUCGUGCUCCAUCUGCAGCUCUCAGUUCCAUCAGGCAGGGUGGGAGGAAGAGGGGGGGGGAAUAGCGCCCGAAGUAAACCCGCAGAUCAGACCAUCUAUGCUAGUCUACCACUACAAAUCUAUGGGAGAAGCGCUUGCGGUCCUUCCCUUGUAGCCCUUGGAACACCUGCCCGCGCCUCCUCCUCCUCCUCUUCCUCCUCUCUCUGAACUGCUUUCUCUAUGGUUGCCCUCGCUCUCCUCUCAAGGCUCCUCAGCAAUUCAUAGGCCGUGCCAGGCUGCCCAUCUCAUCCGGGUCCUUCGGCAGCACAACCGCAGUAUGGCCUAGUGGGAGCAGGAGCGGCGGUGACAGGCAGAGGGGAGGCCCCAGGCAGAGACGCUCAGUUCGGCUGCCGCGAGGAGGAUGGCGGCAGAAGGGCCCGAGGCUCCCGCCAGUCCCAGUGGGGAGGGGCUCCCGGGGGCCAUGGCUGGUGAGAGGAGGCCGUAGGGGGGCGGGCCAGGCAGCCAAGCAACACAGUUGGAGCCUCCCUCCUCCCUGGCCGGCAGGGAGGGAGGGAGAGGAGCUGCAUCCUUUGAAACCUGGGAAAUUAAAGGGACAUCCAUCAGUAAGGGACAGCAGCGGGACAUGGCACUGGGAUAAUGGACUGUCCCUCCAAAUAAGGGACACUUGACAGCUAUGCCCAGAAGCACCUGGCUGUUGGAAACAGACCACCUUGGAAAAACAGCUGAAAGGAGUGUCCGAGUCCUGAGAUUUCUGAAGGCUGAGGAACAAGGAGUAAGAGAGAAAUAACCUCCUCGGUGCACCUAGUUGGUCACCGAAGAAAACACAAUGCAGAGCUCUCUUUUUUCAAAAUAAUUAUAUCAAGAGGAAUAAACGCAGGUUCCUUUAUCCUCUGUCCAUCACGCUCCGUCACGCAGAGCACGAUGGGCUGCCUCGCCCUGAUCCUGCCGUUUCAGCUGCAAAUGCCUGGUGCUGGAGUUAUGCAGCAGUGGAGAGGACUUGGCGCCCUGCUUCUGGGUUUCUGGCUGCCCCCCUGUCGGAAGCAGGAUACUGGGUUGGGUUAGAUCAGGGAGUGGAUUCUUCCUUGUCUGCCUUUUCUCAUUCCUGCCCUCUGGCCCAGGAUCCUGGUCCUCUCUAGCCUCAGAGAGGUGAUUGUGCCAACUCUGGGCAAAGGAAAGGGCAUCUCCAGAUGCCUAGAGGUGCUCUCUUUCGAUUGCUUCAUGCACAAAGAAGUUAUUUCCAGUUAUUUUAAGAAAAACACCACUUCCUGAGUCAGAUUUAAGCUGAAGGGGACCCAGCUGGCAUUGAGUGUAGUGAUCAGGUGGGAUUGCUAUGAGGAAUUAUAAAAAAUACGGAGGAAGCCAUUUGUGUCAGCAAUGAAAGCAUUGCGUUGACUAGGUUUGAGCCAUUAUGAUAUGAUUUCUGAUCAAUCCACACCUCUGCAUCCUUGUUCCAUUUCUCUGCCUGACAGGCACGUAUAAGCAUUCUAAACACAGGCCAGUUGCUUCAUCAGGCAUCCUGGGUCAUAAAGAUAGUAGGUAACUUUGAUGUACUGUAGAUUUGUUAAUCAUUAGAUAGCUCUUAAGGGCUAGGAAGAGAGUGCACAAGGAGAUGGCAAAUACUUUCGUCCUUCCUCUCCUGUUUACGACCUCCGGGGUUUGCUGAAUGCAUUCCUCCUUUUAGUCCUAUUUUAUUUACUCUGAACUACGUAUGCAUGCUCAAAUUAGCUCUUUGUAGUUUUAACUUUGUCCCCACGUGGGGAUUUUUGAAAUGCUCAGAGGAAAUCUGAUUGGUUCUUAUGAACACUGUGUAAAAAGUUCUUUUGUGAAUAAAACGACCUGGGCCAAGGGGUGGACAGGAUUAUUAUUAGUAUUUGCACUGCCUCCCAGAGUCUUGCUGGUCAAGCCUCGUGUGUAUUUUAUUAAUCAGAGUCCAAUCCUUCCUUGCUUUGGGAACGCUACAGUUGAGCAUCAUGCCACACACCUUGGGUGAGCCCCCGCCCGCCCCUCAACCCUGAGUGACAUCCUCCACUGACCCUCACCCUCUGCUCUUCCCCAGGCAAGAGAUCUGCAGCAGUGGGGGCCAGUUCCUCAUGUGCCCCCUGUGUGACACCUGCGGCAACUGGAACCUCUCUGAGAUCUGCCCCAUGGCAAAGGUGAGGGGACUUCCUGGCUGCUGGGCCUUCAGGGGAUUGUUCUUGGAGGGGGGAAGAAUGGGAGGUAGGGCAUGUGGUGACGUCACAGUGAGCCAAGGAGCUCUCUCUGUGGGGUGUGGGAAUGCAACGGAUUGCCUGCUCCCAAAGUGGAGAUCCCAAAGUGUCUCUUUAAAAGAUUAAAAAUUAAAAAAUUAAAAAAAUAAAAUAAAACUGGUUUUUCAAAUUACAGUUUUACAGUCACAUAUCCAACAUACAACAUAAAAACAAGAUUCCAAAGAAUCUUCGGGACUUCCCUCCUCCCCUUUGUGGGUCCUAUUGUUAGUCAUUUCCUCUUGCAUCGUUUAUGAUAAUCCAAAUCUUUUACAUCUCCGUUAUGUUCAAAAUUCACCAUUAAACUACAAGUGUUGUUCCAAUUCCACUAACGUUUUUAGCAAUUUACAAUUAAUUAUAAUUCUCCCCCAUUCUUUAUUAAAAUUUUGGUCUUCCUGAUUUCUGAUUCUUCCCAUCAUUUUUGCCAUUUCGGCGUAGUCCAUCAACUUGAUCUGCCAUUCUGGUCGGGACUUUAUCUUCUUUCCAUCUCUGAGCCAAUAACAUCUGAGCAGCCGUGGUCGCAUACAUAAAUAGUCUUUUCUGCUGCAUUGGGAUUUCGGCACCUAAAAUUCCUAAAAGAAAGGCUUCAGGGUUGUUGUUGUUUUGGGAGAGGGUAUUUUAAAUUUUUUAACAGGUUCUCUACCUGUCUCAUCAGUUCAGGCAAGCCAGCCUUUGGUGACCUCAGUUCCCCCAUCUGCAGAAUGGAACCAUAGUGAUCUAUAAAGGAUAUUUGUUUUGCUUUGUUUUGAAAAAUGUUCGUUCGUCAUUCAUCUAUUCAGUCCCGGCAGCCUUGCACCCAGCGUGGCUCAGGAAUGAUAAGAACCCUCCAAAUCAGUGCAGUUUUCAAAGGCGCAGCCCACAACCUUCAUUCAGUCAGUCAGUUUUUUUGCACGUAGCCGAAGGCUGCCACGAUGUACAAUCUUGAUUCGAAAUGGCGCACGGCUGUAUCCAAAUAUCGGCCCAAACCUGCUCCUUCCUCUCAAGCCAAUUUGGUUAGGAUCUCUUUAAGAGGUGCCUAAUACAUGGAGCAAGGGACGCGGGUGGCGUUGUGGGUUAAACCACAGAGCCUAGGACUUGCCGAUCUGAAGGUCGGCGGUUCGAAUCCCCGCGACAGGGUGAGCUCCCGUUGCUUGGUCCCUGCUUCUAUCAACCUAGCAGUCCGAAAGCACGUCAAGUGCAAGUAGAUAAAUAGGUACCACUCUGGCGGGAAGGUAAACAGUGUUUCUGUGCGCUGCUCUGGUUCUCCAUAAGCGGCUUAGUCAUGCUGGCCACAUGACCCGGAAGCUGUAAGCCAGCUCCCUUGGCCAGUAAAGCGAGAUGAGCGCCGCAAUCCCAGAAUCGGCCACAACUGGACCUAAUGGUCAGGGGUCCCUUUACCUUUACCUUUAAUACAUGGAGCACAAAACCUUUUCCCCAAAACGGGCAUGGGCACGGGGUAGCUACCACUGGGCGGAUCUGAAUCCAUUGGAGUGUCUGUAUGGCAGCUGUUCCUGGACGUCUUCUCCCCCCUCUCCUGUUCUGACCACAGGUGGGCUACCUCUUUGACCACCCAGGGACCGUCUUCUUCAGCAUCUUCAUGUCCUUCUGGGCCGUGACCUUCCUGGAGUACUGGAAGCGGAAAAACGCCACGUUGGCCCACCACUGGGACUGCAUGGACUUCCAGGAGGACGAGGCAAGUGGGAGGCAGAUUGGGGCCUGCCAGGCCUCCCUCAACCCACCUUUUAGCUGGGGAGGGGGGCGGUGAACUUAGGCAGUGUUCCCUCCGGCAGCAAAAGCAAAAAGCAGAAGCAGUUUUGCUGCACUAGCCACUUUAAAGCCCUAAAUGGCCUUUGUCCAGUAUACCUGAAGGAGCGUCUCCACCCCCAUCGUUCUGCCCGGAUACUAAGGUCCAGCGCUGAGGGCCUUCUGGCGGUUCCCUCACUGUGAGAAGCCAAGUUACAGGGAACCGGGCAGAGGGCCUUCUCGGUAGUGGCACCCGCCCUGUGGAACGCCCUCCCAUCAGAUGUCAAAGAAAUAAACAACAAUCAGACUUUUAGAAGACAUCUGAAGGCAGCCCUCUUUAGGGAAGUUUUUAAUGUUUAACAGACCACUGUAUUUUAAUACUUUGUUGGAAGCCGCCCAGAGUGGCUGGGGAAACUCAGCCAGAUGGGCGGGGUAUAAAUAAUAAACUAUUAUUAUUAUACUGAAUGGUUUAGUUUAUGUAAACUACGCUGGGAUCUAUGGCAUGCAAACUGAACCAUGGGAAGAGAGGAAAGGAAGUCACUGAUAUUUUAACAUUGUUUAAAUGAAUAUUCUAAAAUGUAAAAUAGAAAAAACUUAAUAAAAAAAUAUACAAAAAGAAAAGGAACAAAAAUAUAAAUGUACCAAGGUAGUGGACAGCAACAGAACACCUUAAACACAUCACAAAACGGUCAUUUUAAUGACCUUGUGUCCAUUCCAGCUCUGCGAUUCUGUGAAGCACAAGGCUUGUAAUAUAAUCCUAAACAUCUCUGCACAGUGUUAAAGGCCAUUUGCGUCCAAGGGUUUUCACCUUUGUUUAGGAAUCCGAGAGCUCUGUGUUCCCCAACCCCACUUUGUCCCCAGAUGCCGUUGCAUAGAAUUUUGUAGAGGUGGAAGGGACUCCCAAGGAUCAUCUAUCCCAACCCCGUACGAUGCAGGAAUAGCAGCUAAGGAAUCCCUGGCAGAUGGCUGCCCAAGCCCUGCUUUAAAAUCCUCCAAGGAAGGGAGAGCCCAACACCUUCCAGCCUUCGUCUCUCCAUCUCAACCUCUCUCUGUCUCUCCUUCCCCCAGGAGCGUCCUCGGCCAGAGUUUGCCGCCAUGGCCCCCCACAUGGAGCAGAAUCCCGUCACGGGGGUGAAGGAGCCGUACUUCCCUGAACGUGACCGUCUCUCCCGCAUCCUGACGGGAUCCAUGGCCAUCAUCAUCAUGGUGAGGGGAGUCCCCUGCCCCGAGCACAUGCCAGGCAGAGGCCUGGGCUGCGGGGCUGGGCUGAGCUGAGAGGCUUCCGGUCUCAGCGCUGAUCCUGAACGCUUUGCUUCUCCCGUCAGCUCUGUGUGGUGAUGAUCUUCCUCGUGUCGGUGAUCAUGUACCGAGGAAUUGUCAGCACCAUGAUGUACCACACAGGGAACACGAUCUUGAUGACCCAGGUGAGAGCAGAGGGGCCGUGAGGCCUGGUCCACCCACCCACCCCUUGAGACAUUGAACCCCAUUGAAUCCAUCCUUGUUCGGCGAUGGAUCUUGUAGGGAAAUGGUUUUGUGCAAAGCGUACGGCGCGUUUCCCCCUGCACUGCUGAAUUCUGGGAACUGUAGCUGACCCCUCAUAUAGCUACAAUUUCCAACAUCGUUAAAAUCGUUAGUAGGAUUGGAGUAUCACUUGUAGUUUAAGGGUGAAUUCUGGACGCAAUGGAGAUAUAAAAGAUUUGGAUCAUCAUAAAAGAUGCAGGAGGAAAUUAUUAAUAACAGGACCCACAAAGGGGAGGAGGGAAAUCCAGGAGAUUCCUUGGAAUCUUGUUUUUAUGAUUUAUGUUUGAUAUAUCUCUGUAAAUUUUUAAUUUGAACAACCAAAUAAUAAAAAAAAACCACAACCACAAUCCGCAGCAUCAUUAAAACUACAGUUCCCGGAAUUUGGGUGUGUGUGCUCCUCUCUACAUGUGCUAAAAAUGCACCAUGUGUAUGCAAUCAAAGUCUAUCUCUCUUUCUGCCUCUCUCUUUCUCUCCAUCUUUCUGUUUUGCAUUCUCUGGAUAUACAUAUAAAAAGUCCAGGCAGAAUUCUCCUGCAGUUAGGGUUGGAUUUUAGAUUGUAAGCCCCUUAGUGGCAGAGACCUGCUCCUCCCGUCCUCUGCCAGGCACACUGGGCAUUCAGAGAUGCAGUAAGGGCUCCUCCACACUUCCCUUGCCCUGCUGCUCUUUCGUGCUCAGUUGGAACAAACAGCAAGUUGGGUUUUCUGCGGAUUGACCUUUGCUCCAAUUUAGCACUACAGAGAGGAUUUUCCUUGUGUGUCGAGUUUGAGCCCAGGGGCUCUCUGUGGUCUAGGCUAUUGGGUUCCCCUUCCUCUCUGUGUGUUUUAAGGAGGGAGGGAAUUCGCUGGUCUUUGGAGACGACUGGGGUGGCGACGUUCUGUCUUUUCCCUGCAGGCGGGGAACAUUGCUAACAUCAGCAGCUGCAUGGUGAACCUGGUGCUCAUCCUCCUCAUGAGUCAGGUCUACACCUCUCUGGCUGAGAAGCUCACCAGGUGGGGUGAGUCUGAGAUGCCAACCCCCCCACCCACCCCGAUUUCCCAGCAAGCCCAGACUCUGUCCCUAUUCUGUCCCUGCAUUGCCACUGCCAACUGGCUGAGCUCAGUUCAUGACGCUCUCUUUGUGCAUGAUGGGGCGGUGGCCUGCAAAAUGCCCCUUGGGGAUUUCUGGAGCGCGAGCAGCUCCUCCGCCAUGGGGCUGGCUCCCCCCAUCUCCCCUUCUCCUGCUCCUCCUCCUUCCUCUCUGGCCAACAUGCCUCCCGGCCACCCUAUACUGGGCUGUCCCCUUUUGCAGAAAUGCACCGGACUCAGACGCAGCAUGAAGACGCCUUCACCUUCAAGGUCUUCAUUUUCCAGUUUGUCAACUUCUACUCCUCCCCGUUCUAUGUGGCCUUCUUCAAGGGCAGGUGAGGCUGCUAGUCUCUAGACCCCUUUCACAGGGGCAGGGAAACAACCCCAGUCAGCAGGGAGGGAGGGACUUCCCAGCCACGGAGCGCGAGCCCUGCUUCGCCAUGGCUGUGGCUACAAGGAGGCAUGUCGUGGGGCUCCACCACUUGGGCUGGGCACCCCCAACUCCCCACUUCCUCUAUGGCUUUGCCUUCUCCCCAUGGGGCUCUCAGCCUCCCCUGGGCUCUCCCAGUGCAGAGCUGAGAGCUGCCAUUUUGAACGUUCCCCCAUUGUGGGGGUGAGGCUUCCAAACUCCAGGCAGACCCUUCCCUUUGUCCCAGCAGGUUUGUGGGGUACCCCGGCCAAUACGGAAAACUCCUGGGCAUGAGGAACGAAGACGUAAGUACCAGGGCAGGGGGCAGGUCUUCUCUCUUGCCUCGGUCUGGGCACUGCCCACCUGGCAGGCUCUUCAUCCAGAUGCUGGAGCCAGGCAGGUCCUUCUCCAAAGAGUUUGCUGCAGGUGUGUGUGUGUGUGUGUCCACGCACGCAUACAUGUUUGGGUUUCUUCUGCCGUCACCCCAGAUCAAACCGUGUUUUUUUCUUUUUUCUUUUUUUUAAUCUGCAAGGUUCAACUUUAAUUGGAGGGUUGUGAUUUAAGAGCUCACUUGUUUAUGUUUGUUUUAGAUUAUUUUGGUUCUGGUUUCUGUUUUAGGUAUUGGCAUACAUACAUACAUAUGUUAGGAUAUUUCCGUUCCACCUUAAAAGGGAGCAGGCUUUGUGAGUCACAGAGUCUGCGUAUUUCCUGUUCACAGGAAGUUUAUGUUUUGUCUAUUGCUUUCGUUUCCCUCUCUGUGCCUGAGACACUGAAGCAGGCAGUCAUGUUUUCUUUGUUCUGACCAACGCUGAAUAAACUUGUAAAUAAUGCUCUCCUGAGUGCAUCUUUCGCUAUGUGAUUUCUGCUGAUAGAGCGUGCAUCAGCUCUGGAAUGUGGCAAGCUAUUUCUGGAGCUUGUGUCGCUAAUUGCUGAUACUGUAUCUACGGGAGAUCGAUGGACGUCCGGAGGCGGCUUGGGGGCCAUGAUGGACUUUGUCUCCCUGGCAGUAUCCCAACAACAUACAGUGGUACCUCGGGUUAAGUACUUAAUUUGUUCCGGAGGUCCAUUCCUAACCUGAAACUGUUCUUAACCUGAAGCACCACUUUAGCUAAUGGGUCCUCCUGCUGCCACCGCGCCACCACUGCACGAUUUCUGUUCUCAUCCUGAAGCAAAGUUCUUAACCCGAGGUACUAUUUUUGGAUUAGCGGAGUCUGUAACCUGAAGCGUAUGUAACCCGAGGUACCACUGUACAUACAUAAUUUUUUUUUUGCAUGCCCCCCUUCCUUAGUUCAAACCAUGCUCAAGGCAGCUUGCAGCAUGAAAAAAAUACAUAACUACAACGUGUCAAAAGUAGUCAUAAACAAUAAACAGAGCAUUAAAAACACAAAAACAAGCUGAACUAUUUCCACAUAAAUCACAAAAAAUAGAGAUACCAAAAAACCAGCAUCAGCAACCCCCACAACAAAAGGUCCCAAACACCACUCCAGCCCAAGAGUGACAAACAAAGCAUUAAAGAUUUUUCAAAGCACCCAGGGUCCUGCCACGCCUGUUUGGCUAAAGGCAGAAUUGGGAUUUCUUCUUUUCAGGGGGAAAUGGUCCUUCUGGGAGCUGUUUCCUUGGGGCUCAGGGUUUCCAGACUCGCUCCCUAGAGCUCUGCUGACGUCCUCUCCUCCUCCCCUUCUCCCUGCAGUGCGGUCCUGGCGGGUGCCUGAUUGAGCUGGCCCAGCAGCUCUUCAUCAUCAUGGUGGGGAAGCAGAUUGUCAGCAACAUCCAGGAGUUUCUGAUUCCGUGAGUUGCCAGCUGCAGGGAGGAAAAGGAAGACCUGGGAGGUCCAGGGGGGGCUGCUCACUAACACUCUCUGCAAUUCCGGCCAUGGAAACAGAGCACCCCACAAAACCUAAUGUUUUCUGGGUGGGUCCCUUUCAACAGGUGCCCCUCUCUCCUGCUCCGAUGCCUCUCUUGUCCAUUUCUUCCCCUGCAGGAAGCUGAAAUCCUGGCGCCAGAAGAGGAAGCUUGCCCGGGUGCGAGGGGCUCAGAUCUGCCAGGAGCCCAAGCGCUGGGAAGAGGAUUACGAGCUGAUUGAGUGCGAAGGCCUCUUUGAGGAGUACCUGGAGAUGGGUAAGUGGGAGGGAGGGCCGAGCCGGUUCGGGUUCUUACCCCGCGCAAGCCAGUCCAUUUUCCGAUCGCUUUCCCUUUUGCAGAACGCCCUGUCUUUUGUGGGGUGGCGGGUUCGUUACACGAGAACUCCCAGGCUGCUAUAAUGGCCCAGUUGCUGGGAUGCGACUGGAUCCCAGGCAAAAACAAGGCUGGGAAGUGUUGCGUUCUGUUUUGGUUUUUUUUUAAAUAAUAUUUAUUACUUUUCAAACACACACAAAAAUAAGCAGAAAAAAGAACAACACAACACAAUACAAAAACACUACACAACACACUAAACUAACAGAACAAAAGCAAUUUUAAAAAAACAUCGAACAAUGGAUGUGAGGACGAUCUGGCUGCGACAUCUGUCACCCCAUUGAUCGCCAGGGUUGAUUCGGCUGAUCUGGCUGGCUAGGCGGGUGUCCCCUUCCUCCCUCACCGCUCCAUGUGCGUCCCUCCCAAAGCUGCGCGCUCGGUGGAAGAGGACGACCAUCCCAGAUAGAAGGAGUGUACCGUUCUUCGGUCAAGGGUAUACGAUAGCUGCGCUCCCCUGCUAGAACCUCCAAACAAGUGUUGCGUUCUGAAGGCAAAGGAAAGGUGUGCUGGUCCUGGGGGGUUACCGUGCGGCGUGGUCCAAGUCCAGUCCGAGGUCAAGGGUGUGGUAUGGGGGCUGUCCGUCAAGGCUGAAGCGGGGUCCAAGGCAAGGAGUCGGGGGAGGUCAGGAACUCUGGCAGAAUCAUAGUUCAAUAGUGUUACAGUUAAAAUGGGAGACUCAGGGAAUGUACAGAUGGAGAAUGAAUGAUUAUUUAUUUGAAAAUGAGGAUGUGAUUGAAAAGGCUAAAUCCACCUUGAAAGACUAUUUUGAUUUAAACAUUAACAAAGAAACAAAUAUGGAUAUAGUUUGGGAUGCCAGUAAGGCAGUGUUAAGAGGUUUCUUGAUACAACAAAAUAGUUAUAGGAAAAAGGUCAGAGAACAAAAAAAAGGAUACUUACCCAACUAAGAGAAGGUGAAAAGAGUUUAAUAUUGAAACCGAAUGAAGAAAGAAAUAAGCAAUUGUAUAAGAUGUUACAAACACAGUAUUCAAUAUUAAUAAAUCAAGAGGUGGAAUGGGGAAUUAAGUCAACGAAACAAAAAAUUUUCGAGUCAGCAAAUAAAACUGGAAAAUUUCUGGCGUGGCAAUUAAGAAAAAGGAGAAAGCAAAAUGUGAUCAACAAAAUAAAAACAGAAGAACAAGUCUUGGAGGAUUCUAAUGAAAUAAAAAAGAGCUUCCUUAAAUUUUAUGAAAAAUUAUACAAAAGAGAAGAAGAAGAUGUAACAGAAAUAGGAAAAUACCUAGAAGACAACAGAAUUAAAAGUCUAUCGGAGGAGGAGAAAAGUCUACUAAAUAAACCUAUAAAAGUGGAGGAAAUUCAUGAGGCGAUAAAGAAGAUGAAACUAGGGAAAGCUCCGGGGUCUGAUGGCUUAUCAGCCAAGUAUUACAAAGUCCUAGAAGAACUCUUAAUUCCAGUGCUUUGUGAAGUAAUGAAUGAGAUCUUAAGAGGAGGAAGAACACCAGAGUCCUGGAAAGAAGCAUACAUUACGUUAAUACCCAAACCAGACUCGGAUAAAUUUAAUAUCAAGAACUACAGACCGAUUUCAUUAUUAAAUAAUGAUUAUAAAAUCUUUGCAGAUGUAAUGGCGAGUCGACUUUAAAAGUGUUUAGUCAAUUUUAUUCAUAAUGAUCAAGCCGGAUUCCUACCCAGUAGGCAAUUAAAAGACAACAUAAGACAUACAAUAAAUCUUAUUGAAUACUUGGAAUGUAAAAAUGAAAUUCCCGCGGUAUUAAUGUUCAUCGAUGCCGAAAAGGCUUUCAAUAAUGUAUCCUGGCAAUUCCUAAUAAAAUGUUUGGAAACAGCAGGGAUAGAGGGCACAUUCCUGGAAGGAAUAAAAGCAUCAAAGAGCUAAACUAAUUAUUAAUAAUAACUUAACUGAAUCUUUUGAAAUUUCGAAGGGUACAAGACAGGGGUGCCCUCUGUCACCUCUUUUGUUUAUUAUGGUGUUAGAAAUAAUUACAAAUAAGAUAAGGAAAACUUCAGAGAUAUGUGGAAUAAGAAUUGGAGUAAAAGAAUAUAAAUUGAAAGCAUAUGCCGAUGAUUUGAUGUUGUCGUUAGAAGAUCCAAAAAAAAGUGUUGGUAAAGUGCUAGAAUUGUUAGAGGAAUUUGGAAAGUUAUCUGGCUUUAAAUCAAACAAAAUUAAAACUAAAAUGAUGGCAAAGAAUAUGAAGGAAGAAUUAAAAAAUCAGCUUGAAUUACAGACCGGGAUUAAAGUAAUAAAAAAAAUAAAAUACUUGGGAAUUUGGCUAUGAAAAAUAUAAAUUUAAUGGAAGAUAACUACGCAAACACCUGGAAAGAAAUUAAGAAGGACUUGGAUACUUGGAACAGGACAAAACUCUCUUGGUCGGGAAGAAUGGCGGCAAUUAAAAUGAGCUUACUGCCGAAACUGCUGUUUUUAUUUCAAAAUAUACCGAUAAUCAGGGGAACCUCAAUAUUUAAAGAUUGGCAGAAAGUGCUCUCCAAAUUUAUUUGGCAAGGAAAAAGGCCGAGAAUUAGAUUUAAAUUACUCACAGACCAAAGAGAUAGGGGAGGAUUUGCGGUCCCAAAUUUGAAACUUUAUUUCGAAGCCUCGUGCCUUUGCUGGAUCAAAGAAUGGAUCACUAUAAAGAACACAGACCUGUUGGACUUGGAAGGUUUCAACAUCAGAUUCGGCUGGCACGCAUACUUGUGGCACAAUAAGGAAAAGGUCCACAAAGGAUUUUCUAACCAUAUCAUUAGAGGGCCACUGCUGGAAGUAUGGGAGAGAAAUAAAAAAUUACUGGAAAGAUGCACUCCCUGGUGGUUAUCGCCAACUGACAUCCUAACAACAACAAAAAUAAAUAUUGAAGGUGAGAGAUGCUUAUGAAGAUCUGUUAGUAAAAACAGAAAAAGGAUGGAAGAUUAGACCAUAUGAAGAGAUAAAAAAUAAGCUAACAGGUUGAAUUCAAUUUCAUCAAAUUAAAGCUUUGUGGACCGAAGACAAAAAGAUUGGGAUAAAUGGAAAAAAAUCCAGAUUCCAGGUAGAAAUAUUGGAAAGUAAAUCAAAACUCCUAUCUAAAAUGUACAAUCAGUUGCUAGAAUGGGACACCAAAGAUGAAGAAGUAAAAGAAGUAAUGGUGAAAUGGGCGAUAGACUUUGGAUACAAUAUAGAGUUUGAUAGUUGGAGGAAACUUUGGAAUAAAGGUAUGAAAUUUUUAGCUUGUACAACACUUAGAGAGAACAUGGGAAAAAUGAUGUACAGGUGGUACAUUACACCUGUAAAAUUGGAAAAAAUGUAUAAAACCGGAGACAAAAUGUGCUGGAAGUGUAAAAUUAAGGAGGGCAAUUUCUACCACAUGUGGUGGACAUGUGAGGUAAUUAAUUUUUUUUUAAUUUUUUUUAAUAAAUUUUAUUUUAUAACACCAUACAAACAAAAAAGACAAACACAACACAUUCACACCAAAAAAAAACUAAAUAAAGAAAAAAAUAUAUAUAUAAAAAAUAUAUAUAUACUCCUGACAUAAGACAACAACAAAUUAACUACAUUAACUACAUAACACACAACACUGACUGACUUCCCUUCUUCUCAGUUUCGGAUGUGUUAUAAAAUUUUUCUAUCUGCAGUUUCUUUUCCUCAAAAAAAAAUUCUUUACAUCACAAGUGUUAUAUCGCACCUACUGUGUUUUUUAGUUUUUUUUACCUCUGUUUCCAUGUAUGCCAUGAAUUUAUUCCAAUCUUUAUUAAACUUUGUGUCUUUUUGAUUUCUUAUUUUCUGUGUCAUUUUUGCCAAUUCUAGAUAGUCGAGUAGUUUCGAUUGCCAUUCAUUUAUGGUUGGGAUUCUUGGUGUCUUCCAAUUCUGCGCUAUUAGAGUUCUGGCGGCCACUGUCGCGUACUGAAAGAGUGUUUGAUCUUCCUUUUGAUUUCCUCUCCAAUUAUCCCCAGCAAAAAGGCUUCAGGUCUUUUUAUAAAGGUAUAUUNAAAGAUUUUUUAGUUCAUUGUAAAUAGAUUCCCAAAAUUUUCUAAUAGGCUCGCACAACCACCACAUAUGAUAAAAAUCACCCUCCUUAAUCUUGCACUUCCAGCAUAAUUUAUCACCAGUUUUAUAUAUUUUUUCCAGUUUUACGGGCGUUACGUACCACCUGUACAUCAUUUUGUACAUAUUUUCCCUCAAAGAGCAGGACAGGGUGCCAGCAGGAACAGGUUACCAACAAUGUUGCUCCCACAACCUGGGAUUGGGCUGGCUGGCUUUUAUCUCCUCUGAGGCAUAGGGCGGCCCCGGUCCACAGGUGACCCGCCUCUCCUGGCCUGGAGGCGAGCACUCCUCCUGCGAGAACUUAGUUCCCUCCGCCUCUCUGCCCUGAGCCUCUGUAGCUCAGGAGAGGCUGGAGGGUUACCGGACCCAGAGGCAACCUCACCUUCCCCUGAUGGGGCUGAGAGUGGAGCACCUGCAGGCAAUGGGUCCUCCAUCACCUCCGGAGCCAGAGCAGAUUCAGCUGGUGUCUGCUCCUGAGGAUCUGGCACAGGUGAGGGCCCUUCAGGUUCAAGCCCCAGCCCCGGCUCAGCUGGUCCUGGAGGCGGGGACUCCUGUGCAGGCUGGGAUUCCUCAGGUUCAGCCUCUGAAUCCGAUUCCCAGGCCAUCACAAAAGGACUGGACCCUGAUUAAUAAAAUAGACGCGAGGCUUGGCCAGCAAGACUCUGGGAGGCAGUGCAAAUACUAAUAAUAAUCUUGUCUACCCCCUGGCCCAGGUCGUUUUAUUCACAAAAGAACUUUUUACGCAGCGUUCGUAAGAACCAAUCAGAUUUCCUCUGAGCAUUUCAAAAAACCCCACAAAACCAGAUCAGAGGAAGCCUCUUAACUGCAAAGAACUACUUGUGCAUGCAUACAUGUUUUAGGGUAAAUAAAACAGGAAUCAAGGAGGAAUGCAUUUAGCAAACCCUGGAGGUCAUAAACAGGCAGUAAACAGGAAAGAGAAAGAUAGGCAUUUACCACUUCCAGGAACUUUCCUCCUGGCCUAAGGAUUAACAAAAGCUACAUCAAAGCUACCGUCUAUCUUUAUGGCCCAGGAUGCCUGGUGAACAAAUGGUCUGUGUAGAAUGCUCCAUAGGUGACUGUCAGGCAGAGAGAAAAUGGGCAGAGGUGCAGAGGCUUGUGGGAUUGAAUCAGAACUCAUGUCAAAUGACCCAAGCCCAGUCAAAGCAAUGCUUUCAUCGCUGACACAAUGGCUUGCUUCAUUUUUCAUCAUCAUCAUCAUCAUCAUCAUCAUCAUUUAUUCUUUGUACCCCGCCCAUCUGGCUGGGCCUCCCCAGCCACUCUGGGCAGCUUCCAACAAAGACCAAAAAUACACUAAAAUGUCACACAUUAAAAACUUCCCUGAACAGGGCUGCCUUCAGAUGUUUUCUGAAUGUCAGGAAGUUGUUUAUCUAUUUGACAUCUGAUGGGAGGGCGUUCCACAGGGCGGGCGCCACUACCGAGAAGGCCCUCUGCCUGGUUCCCUGUAGCUUAGCUUCUCACAAUGAGGGAACCGCCAGAAGGCCCUCAGCGCUGGACCUCAGCAUCCAGGCAGAACGAUGGGGGUGGAGACGCUCCUUCAGGUAUACUGGACCAAGGUCGUUUAGGGCUUUAAAAGUCAACACCAACACUUUGAAUUGUGCUCGGAAACGUACUGAGAGCCAAUGUAGGUCUUUCAAGACUGGUGUUAUGUGGUCUCAGCGGCCACCCCCUCAUAGCAAUCCCACCACAGGGAAGUGGAGAUCGCUCCGUUCUCCUUCUGCCACCCCAGCUCCAGCUCGGAGCUGUAUGUCAGGGGCCGCCAAUGCCAGCCUCUAUUCUGCCCCCUUCCUUUAGGUAGCUUGUCGCUCUAACCCUGAUGAGCUUCCCUGCUCUCCCUCAGUGCUCCAGUUUGGCUUCAUCACCAUUUUCGUGGCUGCCUUCCCUCUGGCUCCGCUCUUCGCCCUGCUCAACAACUGGGUCGAGAUCCGCCUGGACGCCCAGAAGUUCGCCUGCGAGUAUCGGCGCCCCGUGGCCGAGCGCGCCCAAGACAUCAGCGUCUGGUUCUUCAUCCUGGAUGUCCUGGCCCAGAUCUCCGUCAUCGUCAACGUGAGUCCGGAAGGAACUCAAUACCCCACCCUACCCAUGAACCCACAAAGCUCAGAGCUUGGGGCAGGGGGCUUCUCCACCCAGCAGCCCCACCCCGCAAAGCAGCUGGACCCCAAGCCGAGUGGCUGCUGGUGGGGGCUGCAGAAGCCCAAGAGGAAAAGCAUUUCAUCAUAGAAGCAUAGAAUAGCAAAGUUGGAAGCAGAGUUAUUCAAUUUUUUUGACUUCCAUCAAUCAUAUCUGAACAUUUUCCAAUCUUUUCCACUUAAUUUUGCAUUUCUUACUUUCACUAUUACAUUUAAAUAUCAUAACUAAUAUCUCUCUUCUUUUUCUUCUUUGCAAUAUUUCAUUUAUUCCUCCUUACAAAACUUCUUGUAGUCCUACUAAUGUAAUUUGUUGAUUACAGUUGCUCUUCAAAUAAUUCCUAUAUUUCUUCCAAUCUUCUGUGAAUCUCUGGUCCCGCAGGUAUCGAAUCCUUCCUGUCAUUUUGUCCAAUUCUGCGUAGUCCAUUAAUUUCGUCUGCCAUUCUUCUUUUGUCGGUAUUUCUUCUUGCUUCCAUUUCUGAUUUCCAUUUUUUUUUGUCGCUGUUGUUGCAUAUAAAAACAGUUUAAUGUCCUGUCUAUUAAUGUCCUCACUUACAAUACCAAGGAAAAAAUGCUUCUGGUCUUUUAAAAAUUGUAUAUUUCAACAUCUUUUUCAUCUCGUUAUAUAUAAUUUCCCAGAAGUUUUUUACUUUCUUACAUUCCCACCACAUAUGAUAAAAUGAUCCUUCUUUUUCUUUACAUUUCAAACAUUUAUUACUUGUCAUAUACAUUUUAGCUAAUUUCACAGGUGUAAUAUACAAUCUAUACAUCAUUUUCAUCAUAUUCUCUUUCAAAGCAAUACAUGCUGUAAAUUUUAUUCUUUCUUUCCACAACCUCUCCCAUUCUUUUAGCUGUAUAUUAUAUCCAAAACCUUUUGCCCAGUGUAUCAUAACCGAUUUCACAGCUCUUAAUUUUCUUCUGGCUGACAGUGGUGGGAAGAGUGGUGCCAAAUGAAUAUCUUCAUGUUACCCAAGUCCUGAUUAGGCAGGGGGAUGAUUUGCAUGGCAGGAAGUUGAGUCUGUGUCUGGUUUUCUAUGAAAACUCUCUUACUUCUGUGGGACCUGGGCAGCCAGGCUGCAAGAGUAAGGGCUCAUGAUCUGUGAGUUGUUCCCAGCAUCCGCAGGGUCCUAGCUGCACCUUGAGAUGUGACAGGGCCCCUAGAUCUGUAGCGUUCCCAAAGCAAGGAAGGAUUGGACUCUGAUUAAUAAAAUACACACGAGACUUGACCAGCAAGACUCUGGAAGGAGUGCCAACAAUAAUCCUAUCCACCCCUUGGCCCAGGUCGUUUUAUUCACAAAAGAACUUUUUACACAGUGUUCGUAAGAACCAAUCAGAUUCCUCUGAACAUUUCAAAAAAACCCACGUGGGGACAAAGUCAAAGUUAAAACUACAAAGAGCUAAUUUCCUACUUGAGCAUGCAUACAUAGCUCAGAGUAAAUAAAACAGGACUAGAGGAAUGCAUUCAGCAAAACCCUGGAGGUCAUAAACAGGCAGGAAAGGAAGGAUGGCAAGGAAAGAGUAUUUGCCAUCUCCUUGUGAACUCUCUUCCUGGCCCUUAAGGUAAAGCUAAAGGACCCCUGACCAUUAGGUCCAGUCGUGGCCGACUCUGGGGUUGCAGUGCUCAUCUCGCUUUAUUGGCCGAGGGAACCAGUGUACGGCUUCCGGGUCAUGUGGCUAGCAUGACUAAGCUGCUUGUGGCGAACCAGAGCGGCGCACGGAAACGCCGUUUACCUUCCCGCCGGAGCGGUACCUAUUUAUCUAUUUGCACUUUGACGUGCUUUCGAACUGCUAGGUUGGCAGGAGCAGGGACUGAGCAACGGGAGCUCACCCCGUCGCGGGGAUUCGAACCGCCGACCUUCUGAUCGGCAAGUCCUAGGCUCUGUGAUUUAACCCACGGCGCCAAGAUCAAUCUAAAGAUUAACAAACUACAUCAAAGUAGCCUACUAUCUUUAUGUACUGAGGAUGCCCGGUGAAGCAACUGGCCUGUGUUUAGAAUGCUUAUACAUGCCUGUCAGGUGCAGAGGCUUGUGGGAUUCGAUCAGAAACUUGUCAAUGAAUCAAACCCAGUCAACGCAAUGCUUUCAUUGCUGACACAAAUGGCUUGCUCCAUCUUUCAUAAUUCCUCAUAGCAAUCCCACCUGACCCCCACACUCUGGUUAUUUGCACCCCUACAUAGAUCACCCAUUCCCCCCCCCCAUAUGAGUCUCCUUGUCUCCCCACAGGCCUUUCUCAUUGCCUUCACGUCGGACUUCCUCCCUCGCCUCCUGUACCAAUACGAGUACGACAGCCACCUGCGCGGCUACGUGAACUUCACCCUGGCCUACGCCCCACCCAGUUUCGCGGACAGCAACCACACCAUGUGCCGGUGAGAGCAGAGACCUCACCCCCCACCCCGCACAGCCCCAGGGAAUGCAUCCUGGCACACACAUGCACACCAAGCCCUGUUGACCCACGGAAAUGGCAUCUCUCCUCCCAGGUACAAGGCCUUCCGCGACCCCCAUGGGAGCCAAACUCUCUUCUACUGGAAGCUGCUGGCCAUCCGCCUGGGCUUCAUCAUCGCCUUCGAGGUGAGCGUCUUGAGGGGGGUGUAGCUUAGUGGUAGGGCAGCCGCCCUGCAUGCAGAGGGUCCUGGGUUUGAGCCCCGCCAGCAGCAUUUCCAGGUCGGGCUGGGGGGACACUUGCCUGCCUGAAAUCCCGGAGAGAUUUCCCAGUCCGUGUAGGCAGCACAGAGGCAGGUGGACCCAAGGGUUUGACUCAGUAUGGGGCUGAGGGGACAUAAGCACAUGGUAGGGCUAGCGGAAGGGCAGCUGGCACUGAUAAGUGGGGGGAAAUGAAGUUGGUGUCCUGCCUGGGGCAAGUGGCUGUAUUUAUGACUAUUUACACGGGUGGCGCUGUGGGUUAAACCACAGAGCCUAGGACUUGCCGAUCAGAAGGUCGGCGGUUUGAAUCCCCGCGACGGGGUGAGCUCCCGUUGCUCGGUCCCUGCUCCUGCCAACCUAGCAGUUCGAAAGCACGUCAAAGUGCAAGUAGAUAAAUAGGUACCGCUCUGGCAGGAGUUCCAUCUUAAAUUGCUGAUCAGAAUGGCCCGAGUGGCAUCCCCUUUCGAACCAAGCCUCAGUUUUCCCAUCUGUAGCAUGGGGAGAAUAACGCACACCGGCUUGUGGCUGAGCGUCACAAAGAGACUUUCCUCCCGGCUCCCAGCAUGUGGUCUUCUUCUGCCUGCGCCUCAUUGACUGGCUGGUCCCAGACGUCCCCAAGUCCCUGGAGGUGAAGAUCAAGCGGGAACGCUACCUGGCCAAGCAGGCUCUGGCCGACAACCAGGAUGUGCUGCUGACGGUGAGUGGCGACUCCUCCCCCUCACCAGGUCAGUUUGCAAAAGAAGCACCUGCCUGUCCGUGCCGUCUUCUUGUUGCAAGACCAGAAACCCAGGAGCAGGAGCAGAGCGCAGAGGUGGGGUCUGCAGGAGGGGAUUCUUCCACACAAACCCAGCCUGCUCCACUCACUCCCGAACAUGUUGCCUUGUGAGGAGGCGAGGUCCGCUCUUGGUCCUUGCUCCCCAUUCAUUAUAACAAUAAUAAAAAUAAUAAUAAAUUUUAUUUAUACCCCGCCCUCCCCAGCCAAGGCCGGGCUCGGCUAACAACCAAUAAUAAAAACAAGUUGAAUGAAUACAACUUAAAAACAAGAUGAAAAUACAACAUUAAAACAUUAAAAUGCAGCCUCAUCACAGAAGGAGAAAGGAAAAAGGAUAGAGGGGAAGGGAAUCAAGUUGAUUCCAAGCCAAAGGCCUGGUGGUACAACUCUGUCUUACAGGCCCUGCGGAAAGAAAUCAGAUCCUGCAGGGCCCUGGUCUCAUGAGGCAGAGAGUUCCACCAGGCCGGAGCCAAUGUUGAAAAGGCCCUGGCUCUGGUUGAGGCUAAUCUGACUUCCUUAGGGCCCGGGACCACUAGGGUGUUGCUAUAUAUGGACCUUAAGGUCCUCCGUGGGGCAUACCGGGAGAGGCGGUCCCGUACGUACGAGGGUCUGAGGCCGUGAAGGGCUUUAAAGGUCAAAAGCAGCACCUUAAAUCUGACCCUGUACUCCACCGGGAGCCAGUGCAGCUGGAAAAGCACUGGGUGAAUAUGCUCCCAUGGCAGAGACCCGUGAGGAGCCUCGCUGCAGCAUUCUGCACCCGCUGGAGUCUCUGGGACAGCUUCAAGGGCAGCCCCACGUAGAGUGAAUUACAGUAGUCAAGCCUGGAGGUGACCAUCGCAUGGAUCACUGUGGCCAGGUCGGGGCGGGAAAGGUAAGGGACCAACUGCUUGAUGCGGCGAAGGUGGAAAAAUGUCCACCCAAUAGGGUUGGGUGGAGGCUUGGUAGGAUGUCCAGAGAAAAGAGCACCUCUGGGCAUAGGCAGAGUGCAUUGCCUUUGCUCUCGGCACAUCCAGGGCAAAGGGCUGGGGCGUCUCCACCGGGAGGUGCGGCCGACAAAACCAGAACUUAUUUCUGCAUAUUUGCUACACUCCCACAGUUGUGGAAGAGUUUGAGACUCUUUGGGCCUGAGAGAAGAGAAAGAGAGAGGUUGGAUAGGGGCGGGGAGCCCCUUUUCCCCGCACUCCCCUCCUGUGCCUUCCUGACCAAUUCUCACUCCUCCUCGUUGCAUGAGAGGCGACAAGGAAUCAGGAGUUCAUCCCGCCUGGACAAGGCUGAGGAGCACCCGGGAGGCCACGUGCUGGAGUCUCGGGGCCUUCUGGGGACUGGCAUAGCCACGAAUCCGCUGCCCACAGAAUCCUCUUGCAUCGCUGCAAGAGAAGCCCCUCCGUGCCUGGGCAGGGGGUGGGCCUGCAGUUGGCAGCUGGCAAUCCCUGUUUCCCUUUCUGAAACUAAGCCCUGCCCCUGUUACUGGGUAGCUGUGCGCCAUCUGUGUUGUCAUGUUGUGGUGUGUCCGGUGUUGUGUUCCAGGCCAUCCCACAAAUUGUUUCUUCUCCGUGGCAGCGUGGUCAUCCAUUCCCAGCCACGACUGUCUCGUGUGGCCCAGUGACCUUGAGCUGGGUGUGGGCAUGUUGGCCCGCUCCCACACUGGCUGUGUCACACGGAACCGCCGUGCCUCAGUGGCACUUGGUCCAUGAGACACCGUCCUCCAUCUGCAACCCAGCCACAUCUCAGGGUCACUGCCCCCCUACUCACUGCUGCCAAACCAUCACUCUUUUGCAGUUGUGAUUUCUUGGUAUGGCAACAAAUUUAGGUUGUUCAAUUCAAGUGGAUCUGGCCCUCUUGUGCGAGGAUCCCCCUUCCCCUCGGAGGCUGGUCUUCACUUAAGCAGAGUCUGAGAGUGCUGGGCCCCAGGACCUAUUUCUUGAUGCCAAGGCUGAGCCCUGGGUGAUGAACUAAGCAGGAACCAGGGUGAGGAGGGUUUUGUCCAACGGAAAUAAGAGCCACAGAACCCACAGGCAGCCAAAAUGGCACCCUCCAGGUGAGGCUGGACUCCCAGUUCCUGUCAGUCCCCUCAACCAACAUGGCCAAUGCUCAGGGACGCAGCUUGGAGUCGUAGUUGCAACAUUUGGAAGCUGCCCUGGGCCUCUGUGCUUUGGGCGGAUCUACACUCACUGUUUUUAACGUUAAGGAAGGGUUAAGGAAUUGCUUUGAUAACAUAUAUGGACACAUUACAUCCUACUUUUAACACUCGUAAUGCGUUAUUAAAAUGUGACACCAGAGCAGCCAGCAGGAGGGAGACAGUGUUUUGACGGGGGGGAACCAAGGUAAAAAAUGCUCUAAUUCACAAGGAUGUCCUGUGACAUUUUAGAACGAUAGAUCUAAUAUCGUUCUAAUAAUGUUAAACAGGUCAGUGUAGAUCCAGCCUUGGAACGGCUUCUGGCAGAAACCUGAAAGCGCCCCAUCCCAAUUGGUCAGAAAAAGAAAAAGAAACUUUCCUCUUUGUCCCCCGACUGCUGCUCUUGGUUCCUCCAAACCUCUGAGCCUGCUGCCCUGCUUUUACAUAUUUGUGGUUACUGUUAUUAUUACCUCUUCCUCCUUUUCCUCCUCCCAAUACAGCAAGCAGCCUUUUACCCAGCAGCGUGA